CCUAGUGGCUGGAGUAUAUUAAUACCAAAUGCCCUCCCAGACACUCCUGGACACUACAAGUACAAACACCGUUACAUUAGGGCAUGGUUGAUAUUAACUUGACUGGCCUAGGCCGCUUCUGGGUCUGGGAGCCUAAUAUUGUUGUCACGGUGGGUGUUCGUGAACUGGAAUUGCUGACCUAACACAGUCUUUGCGGCAGCCGCCGUCGUCCGGAAACGCGAAUGGCAGACACCGGCAGCCAGCUCAUGUGUGCGCUAUGAAUGCAGCCCAGUUGGAUUUCCCCCAUUCGUGAAAUAGUUGUUGCGUUCAUUAUACGUGAUAAUCGAAUAUCGACCAUUCUCUGGCGUCAUCGAACAGGUACAUGCCAAUGAAUCCUGGCAAGUUUGGUGCGAAAGUGGCGCAUCCACCUCCCUCAGUUCCCUGCCAUUCCCUCCCAGAGGGUGGCAUUUCGGUAAAGCAUCCGAGACUGCGGUGCAUGCCACCUGGUGAACAAUUGACUAUCUUGCCAUAUGAUCCUCAACGUGGACAAGGCAUUCUAGGGCAUUCUCCGCAUCUGCAUCCGCCGUCCACCCAGAAGUCAUCCUUAUCAGGUAGGUUUAAUUCGCCGUCCCUGAUGUCGCAAAAUGCCGCCUGUGACCAGAGCGACAACCACGGUGGACGAGGACAAUGCAAGUUCAUGGACAACACAGACGACGCUUUGGCUUGUCAAAGCUUCCGCAGGAUGAUAAUAGAUAAAUACGAAGACAUAUGUUCCUCCCGGAUUGCAAACUCUCCACUAGCAGAUCUGUGUAUCUUCACCGUCGCACUCCUCUGGAAGGAACCUGCUGCAUCUUCUUAAUAUUUGUUGCAUCGAUCGAGCGGCGCCGACCUUUUGCCCUUUACAUCAAUUCCUUGAGGUUGGUUAUUGACUCGCACAUCCCUUGCUCCUGUUGU